CAGGCAGAGAUGCUUGCUUCCAAGAGCAACUACGAAUGGAUCGCAGAGGGCCGCCAUGCGGAAAUGGGUCUCCACUUCUCGACUGCCAUGGCAACCGGCGUGAUGAUGCGGCGUGCAACCCACCGCGCAGCAGAGCAAGCUCGGCGAGACCGUAUGAAGUCGGCAAUGGUCGACCUGGCCGAAUAUGUGCUCGACGGCGAAGUCACCUUCGGAUCAGGGACAAGCUGUUUUGUCGUAUCGAGAGAGGAUGCAGCAGCAGCCGAGGCCGAGGGCGGACAGGAAGGAGGCGGAACUGGAGGCGGCCGCGGAAGGAAAGGGAGGAAUAUCAAUAAAGCAAGGAUCAUUGAGUUGGCUUUGGAGAAGCUGAAGGCACAGGAAAAGGAGAUUGCGUUGCUGGAGGAGAGGUUGAAAGCGUGCGAAUGCAGUAGUAGGAUGGACACGAGCGUAUAG